CGCAAGCAGGGACGCACCCACGGGGGACGGCGGCGGCGGGAGGGGGGGAAACCGGAGGAGGGCAGCCCCUCUCCGCCUGGUUGUUUGGGUUUUUUUUUUCUCCUCCUCCCCCCACUCCGUAAACUUUAUUCUAUUUUUUUUUUAUUAUUAUUAUUAUUAUUUUCCUGGGAUUUCCCUGGAUGGUCUGAGCACAGCUUCAUGCCCACCCGGCCAUGCCCGGCUCCGCUCCCGGCCUGCUGCCAUGUGCCUCUGAGUGAGCCCCUCGGCAACGUCGGGGCGCAGCUGGCCGGGCCCUGAGCAGCCGCCGCCGCCGCCGAGGACGGAACAUGUAUCAGGGUCUGGCCCUCGCCCCCAACCAUGGCCAGUCGGCUUAUUCCCACGACUCCAGCAACUUCCUCCACUCGUCGGCCGGCUCGCCCGUCUACGUGCCCACCACCCGGGUACCCUCCGUCCUCCAGACGCUGCCCUACCUGCAAGGCUGCGAGCCGCACCAGAGCCACCUCGCCAACCCCCCGGGCUGGGGGCAGAGCGGCGGCGAGGCCGCCGCCUUCAACGCCGGCAGCCCCCACCCGCCGUCGGGCUUCUCCUACUCCCACAGCCCGCCGGGCAGCAGCCCCCCGGGCCGCGACGGCGCCUACCAGGGGUCCCUGCUGCUGGGCGGCGGGGGCCGGGAGCAGUACGGCAACGCCUUGGUGCGCUCCGUUAACGGGUCCUACUCCAGCCCCUACCCCGCCUACGUGACCCCCGAGAUUCCGCCUUCCUGGACGGCCGGACACUUUGAGAGCAGCGUCCUGCACAGCCUGCAGACCAGGCAGGCGGCUUUGCCCGGCCGCAGGUCCACCUUCGAGUACCUGGAGGAGUUCCCCGGGGACGGCCGGGAGUGCGUGAACUGCGGGGCCAUGUCCACGCCGCUCUGGAGGAAGGACGGCACCGGGCACUACCUGUGCAACGCCUGCGGGCUCUACCACAAGAUGAACGGCAUCAACCGGCCGCUCAAGCCGCAGAAGAGGCUGUCUUCAUCUAGACGUGCUGGCCUAUGUUGCACUAACUGCCACACAACCAAUACCACCCUCUGGAGAAGGAACGCCGAAGGGGAGCCCGUCUGCAACGCCUGCGGCUUGUACAUGAAGCUCCAUGGGGUACCACGACCUCUGGCCAUGAAAAAGGAAAGCAUCCAGACGAGGAAAAGGAAGCCUAAAAACAUUACCAAAGGCAAAACCUCAACAGGGUCUACGACUUCGGUCACUAACUCCCCUUCUUCCAUUACGAACUCAGACAGCACGGUCACUUUAAAGUCAGAGCCCAGCACGACCUCGCAGUAUCCCGGACAAACCAUCGUGUCGGUGUCCCAGGCACAGAGCCAGUCGGACGAGGCGCUGGCCGGCGGCCCCGGCGAGUUCAAAUUCGAGCCCGAGGACUACACCUUCUCCCCCACCACCAUGGCCCCACAGCCCGGGCUGAGCGUGCCGCUCCGGCAGGACUCCUGGUGCGCCCUGGCGCUCGCCUAGAAACCCCCAACCUCCAGCAAAAAGCCUGGGGACCAACGUUUUCGGCUGGCCCCGCGGCCGGCGGAGGGGCAGGAGGACGGGCUGCCCCAGCGCCUCGAGACUGCGGGGAGUGGCGCCGCGGCCGCAGGACGGGUUUCUCUUGGAGGAUGCGCAUUGGAAAACGCUGGCUGGAGGGGGCCGGGGUGGCCCCGCUGUGGCACCGGCUCCCCAAAAAAGCUCAUCCUGGGCCGGAGCGACCCAGGGUUGCCUCCCCGAGGCCAGGGCCCCGGCGCUGCCUCCGUUUUCCUGAGGAAAGCCUUCCUCCUUUGAGACGAAACCAGCAAAUAAAUGCAUCCCAGAAUCUAUGUUUAUUCGCAGUGAUUUCUCCCUCCUAUGACUCCUCUGUGUGCAAUUUAUUCCACUUUCCAAUAAAGACUGUAAUAACAUGGCACCAAAUAACUUAAUUUUAUUAAAAUGUAAACUGCGUGGCCUCUCUUAUGUUUUAUUGGCCACCACAGGAUGAAAAGAGAGGGGGGGGAAAAAAAAAAGCAACGGUUGUUUUAAACAUUUACUGUUUUAUAUUAAAAACGAUCAUCUCUCUGUAGAGUGUUAGCUUCUGAAGCGGUUAGCGUCUCAGCACUGGGCUGAUGAGUCAUACGUGAAAUAAACACGCUGCUCUUCCCUUUCCAGCUCCAAACAAAGAUUUUUUUUUUAUUAUUAUUAUUUUAGGCAAACCACAUGACAAAAAUGGCCAAAACCUCCCAAUAAUAAAAAAAAAUACUGAAAUA